AUGUCAAAACGUAUUGAACAAGAUGAAUCAUUUCGCAAUAAUACACUUAUGAUAGUUGACACGUUUAAAGAUGAAUCUAGCCGUCGUCAUCUUGCAUCUUCUAUUGGUUGCGAGCUCCUGUUAAUAAUUGAAAAUGGGAUGGUUUUUUUGGAUUGCUAUGAUCGUGUGUUUCAAUGGGAGGAAGAAUGUCAGAUGUUGUGGCCACUCGGAAAUUCUUUGGAAGAAGUAAUGUCAAAUGGCGAGAAAAAUCAAGUGCCAUGGUAUUGGGAGUAUGAUGGAGCUGUAUAUGAGUUCAAAGAAUUACUUCAAC